AACCAUCUUUCACAGCCCAAAUUCAGUGACGAAUAAGAGUUUUCAAUCAUGGUUGCUGCUUUAAAGAAUGUCAUAACAGGUAGUACUCAUAGUUCUGCUUUCAUGGAUGCAGCUCAAGAAUUUCAAUACGCUAUGACCACGACCACUAUCAGUGGUAGUGCCACCAUUUCAUCACCUUCUACGAGUAUGUCUAGAUUUAUUGAGCCGCCCUUGUUUCGCGUUCCUGUAGAACCAGAGCCUUGUCAAUUCUGCAGAAUAAAUGGUUGUUUAGGCUGCGACUAUUUUGGAACCCCAGUUGCUGGUGAUAACAAGAACAAGAACAACACGAAGGUUGUCACGAAGAAGAAGAAGAACUACAGAGGAUUGAGACUGAGACCAUGGGGAAAAUGGGCUGCGGAGAUUAGAGAUCCAAGAAGGGCUGCCAGAGUAUGGCUUGGAACUUUUACUGCAACAAAGGAUGCAGCUAGAGCUUAUGACAGAGCAGCUGUUGAAUUUAGAGGUCCUAGAGCUAAGCUUAAUUUCUCAUUUGCAGAUUAUACAACCAUCCAACAUGAGCAGAAUAAUAAUACAACUACUUCAUCUUCUUCACCCCAGCAAGUAAAUUUGGGUCCUAAAGCAAGUAAAUUAGGUCCUAAAGCAAGUGUUUUACAGCAGGAAAUUAACACGGCUUUUGGUACCGGAAAAGAAGAAGAAUUUUGAGAUCAAUUGAUGAUGUCGGACAAUGAGAUUCAAGAUUGCUUGAGGCCGAUGAUUUUUCAUGGCGAAUCUUCUAAUUUUGCUAAUGGCUAUAUUUCUCAUAGCUUCUGAGCACUUUCAAUUAAACAAGAAUUGAAAAGGAAAAGAGAAAAAAGAACAAAAAGAUAUUUAUAUUUUCCAAUUUUAGGUGUACUUAAAUUUUUCUUCUUUAAUUUAAGAUUGUAUCAUAAAUACUUUAGGCACCGUACAGGAAUGAAUUUGGAUUUUGUACGGGAAA